AUGGCCCCACUCCCUCGCCCCCUGCCCCAAGGCGGCUUCACCUUCUCUAUCUCCCCCUCCGCCACCCACCUCAACCAUCCCAUCUCCCACUUCCUCUCCACCCCUCUUACGUUCGAAGGUAGCGCAAGUACCUCUACAACUAUCCGUCCCCAAGCCCUCGCCGGCGGCGCCCUCGUCUUCUCCCGAUCCGCACCCGACGCUGUAGACCGCAUCCUCCUCCUCCAACGCGCCCCGUACGACUCGAUGCCUCUACGCUGGGAAAUCCCCGGCGGCGCCUGCGAUCCCGAAGACGAGUCCUUCUUGCAUGGCGUUGCCCGCGAAAUGUGGGAGGAGGCCGGGCUGCUGCCCAAGAGGAUGGUUUGUCAGGUCAUCGGUAAAGACAAAAAGCCGCAGGUGUUUUUGACGAGGAGUGGAAAGGUGGUGAUGAAGAUUAGUGUCGAGGUGGAAAUCGAUGAGGCGUUUGGGGCGGAAGAGGAAACGGAUGGGAACAUGAAGUGGAAGGGACUGCCUAAGGUGAUGAUGGAUCCGAAUGAGCAUGUAAGGUUCGUUUGGGCGACCGAGGAGGAGUGCAGAGCGGGAGUCAUGAUGGUUGAGGAUGAGGAGGGAGAGAUAGAAGAGCUCAAGUUGAACUUCACUCACAAGGAGCAGAGGGAGACCAUCUUGGAGGGAUUUGAGAUUAGGAAGAGGAGGGCGUUGGAAGGAGGGGAUGCCGAGGACGCUUGA